AUGGUGUUUGGUGUACCAUCAUCCCCCUCCAUGGAAGCCCUCCGCAAAGAAGUCGGUAACUCCUUAACCUGGGACUCCUCCUCCAAAGUCUCCAGAUCACUCUCCAAAUGGAAACAAAUAGCGACACACGUCUUAGUCUCUCUCCUCACAGCGUCAAUUUGCUGGCUCUACUUCACCAAUUCUUCAACACUAACAAAUAAAGCGCUCGCACCCGCAUCCAAGCUUCUGCAUUGUGGUAAUUCGACGGCAGAAGCGAGAGCUCUCGGUUGUGAGUUCGAUCCGUUGACCGUGGCGUGGAUUCCGGAGCCAUGUAUAAAUCAUCAGAUUACGAAAGAGUUUAUAGCGGAGUAUCCGUGGGAGGCCUUUUCGGAUAGGACUUCGAAUGAGUUGAUUGUUAAGGAUCAAAUGUCGGAGUAG